AAGGAAACGAAGCAGUUGGUAUAUGUUUCAGUUGAAGCAGAUACUUCAAACAAAUAAUUCAAUAAAAUAUAACAGAAAUGAACUCUUUCACAGUGUGUUUUUUUGUUUUAUUAACUACACAUGGCGUUCUUAUGGACUCUUCCGAUUCAUCAGAAUCUGCAGUAGAAUCUUUUAAAACGGAAUUUUGGGAAAAUGCCCAACAACUUGAAAAACAAGUAGACGAUAUGGUGGAGGGUAUUUGCAAAACUAAAACUGGGGGAAAAGCCGCAUUUAAAAAGUUUGUGCAAACCCGUGAAGAACUUUCAACAUGUCUUCAAAACGUCGCCGCAGAAAAAUUUGAACUUCCUUCUCAAGUAUGCAGACAAAAGCGACCACACAUACGAUCCUGUUUGAAUGCUGCAGUUCCCGGAUUGAUCAAGUGUUUCGAUGACGACACUAAAUGGUUCAUAAGAGACUUUGCAAUUGGAAGUAUUAAUUCCGUUUUCGACUUCAUGUGUGAGGACAUUUUUGUAUCACUUCAAGAACUUAUGAAUUUAGACGGAUUUGAUUGUAUGGCAAACAUGAUCAAAAAUGAAGUUGCUUUUGAUAAUUCUACAGACAGGUGCCUACUAAAUCUGCUUUCUCCUGAGAACGAAUACCUCAACAAUCCUUCAAAGCCUUUAUUUUGCGAUGGAUUGAGGACAGUCAAGUCAUGCUUUGGCAAAGCAAUUCAGGAACAAUGUCCUACAAAUAAUGGGAUCCUUCAUAUAAACCAAGGUUUCAUGGAUGCCUUACUAAAAUUCUGUGUAUAAUUUAUUUUUUUUCACAAUAAAUAUGUCGCCCACUGACGUAGAAUUGCAUGUAUUCUAGAGAGAACAGUUCGAUUUUAUAUGCAUUUGUAUUAUUUAACUAAUUGUAAGUGUAUAGAAAAAAAUGCUCAGAAAAGCAUUACAACAAUAAACAUAUAGACCAAUA